CCCCAGAUUGUAUAUUGGAUAAAUGGCUCAAUUAUCCCUGCUGCACCCUCCACUCCUACCUCCUCUCUGAAGCGACACGCCCCGGUGCUGCCUGUGUCAGAGCUUUUAUUUUGGUAAUAGCACAUGGCAUCGCGAGCUCAUCCCUCCUACUAGUCCCAGUGAUACCAGUGCGCGCGCAGCCACAGGUUGUGCUCAUACGUGCCGGAGACAAGGGACUAUCAUCGCUUCACCUCCGCUCCGGUGCUGCUGCAUUGACGGAGGGAACUCAUAAAUCUGCUUUCUGCCUUGUUUUGUUCGCAUUUUGGACGCAGGGUUGUUAGGCUGAGGGGAAUUAGGACCUUCUGUCUCCUGAGCGUGUGUUCGGCGUUGUGUCGAGGGGCGCGCAGAGAUUUAACAGGUGGAGAAGACACCCUAAAUCACACUGCACUUACCUGGGGUUUUGAAGAGUGUGUGCUGACCUGAUCACUAAAUGGCGCUGACAGUGAACCUUAUCGGCCCUUCACCAUGGGGCUUCAGGAUAUUUGGAGGAAGGGACUUCAAGAAGGCCAUAACUGUAUCAAAGGUUAAUGGUGGCAGCAAGGCAGAGAAGGCAAACCUGCAACCUGGUGACAUUAUCUUGGAGAUCAACGGGGAAAACACGGCCGACAUGCUGAACGUGGAGGCCCAGAACAAGAUCAAGAAUUCAAAGACCCAGCUGCAGCUUGUGGUGGAGAGACCUGAUCCUCCCAGCCCUGGACAGACCAAUGGCAUCAGUAACCCUGAGCAGCUCACCGGACGCUUCCAGGAGGCAGUAAUAGUGAGUCGAGAUGAGAAUCAGAACUACAGAGAGUAUACCAUUGCCAGCCCUGCAUCGCUGUCUCCUGGACCUUAUUCACCAGAUUAUUCUGCCAGCCCAGACGGGAAGAGGGAGAUGCUGACACCGACCACCAACAAGAGUGUCCAGCUGCGCUCAUGGUCUCCAGAAGAGAAGAGUCACAGGCUGUCCAGACCACUAUCACAGGAGUUCUCACCUUCAGACAACAGAAAUAACUCUGUGUCCAGCAGAACCCCGACCCCACCAGGACGCUACUCACCCCAUAGCCCCAUUGAUCGGGAUGUACCCAUGUCCCCUCGUCGCAGUACCAGCUCUGACUUUGCCAUGCAGAGGUUUGACAGGGACUCGGAGGUGUACAAGAUGAUCCAGGAGAAUAAGGAGUCCCGCACGGCGCCUCGUCAGUCCAACACCUUUAAAAUGCUGCAAGAAGUCCUGGAGGCUGACGAGAAAGAGGCAGCCCUGCGGUUUCCAGGAAAGCUCACGCCCGACGUCCCCAAACCAAACACAUCAGUGGGAGGAGUCAGCAAAAACCACACCUGUGAGAAGUGUGGCACCAGCAUUGUCACGCUGGCUGUGCGCAUCACGGACGACCACUUCCGCCACCCGGAGUGCUACACUUGCACAGAUUGCGGUCUUAACCUCAGGAUGAGAGGUCACUUUUGGGUUGGAGAUGUGAUGUACUGUGAGAAGCAUGCCAAAGAGAGGCACCAAGGCCCAGGUAGUUCCCCUCAGGCCACCGUGUCCCCUCGCCAAUGAGUCUGCAACUCCACCUCAUCGGACUCAGUUAUGGACCUUGGGAUGGGGCAUGGAGGUGGACACUGGUCAACAAUAUGGCACAGGAUAUUCUUUUCUGAUCACAUUUAACCAUACUUUGCAAUAUUAUGAUUCACUUUCUUGCCUUUUCUUAUAACUGUUUGAGAAUUGGGGCUUUGUUUUUUCAUAUGGCCCAGCCUCCAUAGUCUCUUUACGUUAUUUGUAGCUCAACUCAAGCCACAUCCCAUUGUACAAAGGCCAGAUUUACAUAACACCAACACUUUAGACAAACUCAACAGGACUGGCUCUCUGACUCUAAGGAUUGGGAUAAUCAUUUGAAUCUCCUGCUGACACAAAGGGACCAAAAUCUCACCCACACUGCAUGCCAUUUUAAAGAUGUACACAGACAGUGCUGUGUGUGUGUGUGUUUGUGUGUGUGGUUGCAUGCUUUCACCUGCAGAAGUGUGGUGGCUUCUGCAUGCCGUGUGUGUGUGUGAGUGUGAGAGAGAGAGAGAGAGAGAGAGAAGAGAGAGAGAGAGAGAAGAGAGAAAUGGGAAAGGGGGUCCAUGUUGUUACAGAUACAAAGGAGUUUGUGAAUUUUGCGCUAGAGUCAGGCCAAAAGUCCUUGAGUUUUUCUACAUUGCUUUUGUAAGCAGAAUUUAUGAGUAGAAAUAAUGAGAGAAAAUACAUAUUUUGCUGACUUGUUUUGCUGUUGCUUAUGAGGGACUAUAGAUUCAUUCAAUAUACAAAUAUUUUUUGACGUUUUUGUGAUUGAACUGUAUUCUAUGAUAUAGACCAUUUAAAACGCGUAAUGUAUGCACAGAACAUUUAGUGUGAAAAGAGCUGAUGAUGAUACUACAUUUGUCCAGUUACAGCAGUACUCAGAGAUACACUAUAAUGUUCACAUGUGGCACUUAAUAAAAUCGCACAACCUGAAGCUUC